AUGGCCUCGCAAGACAAACUCAUUCUCUACACCAACCACGGAUGCCCUUGGGCACACCGCGCCCACAUCGCGCUGGCAGAGCUCAAGAUCCCAUUUGAAGAAGUCAUUAUCGACUUGAGCACGCCACGGACAGAGGAGUACCUCAAGAUCAACCCACGUGGGCUGGUCCCAGCGUUGUCGUACAACGGAGAGAUCAUAAUCGAGUCCGGCAUCGUUGCGCAGUUCCUUGUCGACACUUACCCGUCCCACUUGAUCCCCGCCUCCAAUGCUCCCGGCGGUGCGCUGCGCCGGGCCCAGGUUGCCUUGUUCGUCGACGCCUUCAUCUCCAAGUUCCAGAGCGUAUUGUUCGGGCUUUUCAGGGCCAAGACCCAAGAGGAGAGGGAGGAAAUCGCAGAGAAGGCAAUUGCAGGCCUUGUAAAGGAGGUUGAGCCGCUUCUUGAUGAUGCGAGUCCCUUCUUUGGCGGGAGCGACAAGAUCACUUUGGCCGAGGUUCUGACGGGCUCAUUCGUGAUCCGCCUCAAGGUCCUGUCGGCGGCUGGUGUUUACCCCAAGAGCAUCUGGGCACAGAUUGAGGCGAAGACGCCCAACUUUCUCAAGUGGGUUAAUGUUGUUGCCGCGCAUCCAAGCGUGAAGUCCAUUCUUGACGAGAAGAGUCUUGUUGAAGGGACCAAGGCCAAAAUUCUGGAGCUGGGGGGUGUUAUCGUUUAA